AUGGCCGGCACUACUAUCAACACAAAUACUGCCAACACGAGAGGUUUACACACGCUUGUAGACGGCCUUACUGUUAUGUCGCCCACAUCCCCCCUUACUUCCCCGUCAUUAUCAGCAUCAUCACCAUCUCCGCCCCAAGUUCAACCGCAGAUAUUCAACCCACCAGCAGCAUCGUCAAUAUUCAAUAAUCCCGGGGCUAGCAGUCUAUCAGGUGCAGGUGUGGAGGGGGCUAACACGUCUCCAACGUCUAACAGUAAUGCUCCAGCGAGAUUGCAGUCAUUCCCAUCUCGACCACUGGGCUACUCUGGGACAGCAGGAAGAACAGCCGAGAGUAAUGCUGUUAAUGCUUUAAUUGCUGCAGGAAACCAUAGCUCUGGAAGUAGUAAUCCGGCUGUGAAAGAGGUGGACGACCCAACAACACCAAUCAGCUCUCCCACUUUUGAUAGGGCUGUGCCGAAUACAUUCUCGCGGUUAUUUGCCACCCCAACGCCCCAAAGCUCUUACGCUACAAGUGGGAGGACUUAUAGCUACCGAGGCUCGGAUUCUGUAAAGUUGGAAGAUUUCCUUUACACUCGCGGAUUUCUGGAGGGCGCUUGUAGCGACGUGUCCAUCCUUGCAUUUGGGAAUACAUAUAACUUGCAUCGCCUGAUACUUGAUCGAUCGCCGUUUUUUUCAACCUGUUUCAACGGUGGGCCCUGGUUAGAAUCAACACAGUCUGAGAUAUCACUGUCCCCAGAAAUUUCAGAUCCGAAUAUAACACAGCACUCCUUCGAAAUGGCUUUAGCGCGGUUGUACGGGCAUGUUGACCGGACGGAAGAAGACCAGCAUGCUCUUCCAUUACUAGCUGCGGCAAGUUAUCUGGAUCUCCAGGAUCUUGCGGAAUCAUGUGUUACCUCGUUACUACGGAACUUGAGUACAAGCAACAUAUCACAGGUUAUAAGGUUUGUAACGAACAGUUUCUACGGUCCCCUUACGGACAGACUGCUGGACAGCGCAAAGGCACUUCUAUAUAGAGACGGUUGGGAAAUGAGUUUCGAGGAUUGGGAUGGAAUCAGCGGAGAGGUUGCGGCAGACAUUAUAGGUUAUGAUGGUUUUUAUGUUCCCAGCGAAUGGUUGAGAUAUAGCUUCGUCAAGGAAAUGGUGGACUGGAGAAUUAACCACUCCUAUACAUACAACCGCGACGUAGGUGGGAGCAAUUUCGGGACUCCGGGGAUGGAAUACGAUGAAGCUGAGAGAGCUUCAAUGGCAGAGGAGGAUGAGGCGGAUUUGAAGCCAUUGAGAGAUUUGCUGGAGAAUGGAAUUUACUACGUUCAUAUGACUUUCGAGGAACUCCAGAAGAUAGGAGAUGAUAGGGACGUACUUGGGCGGAGGACGGUGAGUGAGAGUACAAUUAAGGAAGCUCUGUGGCAGCAGAUGCUUUUGAGACAAAGAGUUUUGAACGUGGGCUUAGGCAAUCCUGAGUUGGGUAUCACGGAGACAGAGAUGGCUAGGCAAUCCACACCAUCAGGGAAAAAAUCACCACUGGCAGAGAGACCAACAACGCCGAGAGUGGGCGAGAAGAUGUCACAAUCAGGUUCAGACCCAUCAACUCCAACCCGCAAUAAAAACGACGGAUCGAACACCCUCACAACGCAGAUAGGAAAAUCCUCACGGCGUAAAUACUAUAUCCCAACCGAAGACACAACGACCGUCAUAGGAGACUGCCCUGAGCAAUGCCUCAUUGUGUCCAACCAAGGCGGGCCAGGUCCUAAGAGAGUAGCGCGUGGAGCUGAUCAUCUAGGCGUAGAAGGCGCUGAUACCUCUGCCCCUAUCGUUCAGGAGCUCCGUUACUCCGAAUUCCCACCUUUCCGCUUCUCAGCCGAGUUCCGUAGUGUCAGAAGUUUAAAGGAGAAGAAGCGUGUCUACUCCAAAACUGUCUUCUAUGCAGGUUCCCACUGGAAUAUCUAUAUUCAGAAGGUCCGCAGUUCCAAAAAUGUUCAGCUUGGUGUCUACCUCCACCGUGCGAAGGACCGUGAAACCGCAGGAGGAAGUUCGAGUCAUAAUAGAGGUGCAGACGAUACAAAUCAGAUUAUCAACGUUGAGGAGCAACAACGCGUUGGAAAUAGUACUCUCAGUUCCAUGGCGGAUGAUAUUGAUGUCACAGUGACUACGGACGGAGACCUCACUACUAGUACAUUCGCGAGCAUAAAUCCUAACUCUCGACCCGGAGCAAAUACAUCGGCACAGCGUUCAUCACUUCCAGCGAAUGCAGACUCCGCUAAUACAGCGGUUCCGGCGUUGAGCUACUAUGUGGACGCAAGACCUAUGAUUCAAACCUACUUCAAGAUUUUCUCUCCCAGCCGGAAGGGGAAAGUAUUGAGUAUGUUCUCGUCGGGGCCGGAUAGCUUCAAUUUCAGCCAAAGUUGGGGAUGGAAGAGCUCUAGUCUGAUCUUGGAGGAAGGGAGCGGAGGUCCGGUUGGGGAAUCUGCAGAAAAAGAUAGUAGGUUGAGAUUCAUGGUCGUGCUUGGUAAUGUCUAA